GUCUAUUACCAAGAAAAAAAAAUAUGAUAUAUGAUCUAAAUAUAGAUUAAUAGAUUAGCUUUUUUUAAGGAAAAAUGUGGAUUAGUAAAUGCUAUAAAAGCGUUUGACAAAAAAAAACAACACUCCCUUUCUGAUAUCAGUAUUGCUGACUAGAUUAAUUUCUCAUUGUGUGGAUAAUUUAUUUAUCGAAAGCAGCGCAGUCGAAUAUGUUAGGGAUUAAUACUGAUGGAUCUUGUGAUGGAUACAAAUACUGGAAGUGAAGUGUUUGUUUUUUUCAAAGAUAUUUAAGUUUAAAUGUGAAAUUGUGAAAUAUCAGUUUGGAUAACUUGGGACGUCUUGUCAGUUGGAUAACUUGACCGUUUUGUCAGUUUGGAUAACUUGAGACGUCUUGUCAGUUGGAUAACUUGGGACGUCUUGUCAGUUGGAUAACUUGGGACGUCUUGUCAGUUGGAUAACUUGGGACGUCUUGUCAGUUUGGAUAACUUGGGACGUUUUGUCAGUUUGGAUAACUUGAGACGUCUUGUCAGUUGGAUAACUUGGGACGUUUUGUCCCUUUGGAUAACUUGAGACGUCUUGUCAGUUGGAUAACUUGGGACGUCUUGUCAGUUGGAUAACUUGGGACGUCUUGUCAGUUGGAUAACUUGGGACGUCUUGUCAGUUUGGAUAACUUGGGACGUCUUGUCAGUUGGAUAACUUGAGACGUCUUGUCAGUUUGGAUAACUUGAGACGUCUUGUCAGUUGGAUAACUUGUGACGUCUUGUCAGUUUGGAUAACUUGAGACGUCUUGUCAGAAUGUCCACAGUAGAGGCAAAGUCUAUCGGGGCGAUUAUCGGAGGAGUUCCUUCACUAAAGAAACUCCAAGGGGCCAGCAAUGAUGACUGGGUUGACAGGCUCAACCAUGUCUGGACAGUGUUUCUCUUGGCCCUGUUUGCCAUCGUGGUCAGCACAGGCCAGUUUGUGGGUGACCCGAUCCAUUGCUGGUGCCCAGCAGAGUUCACCGGGGCCUAUGUGGAUUAUACCAAGAGCUACUGCUGGAUUAAGAACACUUACUUUAUUCCAAUGGACUCGGCCAUCCCAGUGGAGCAUGUCAACAGGGAGUCUGAGGAGAUCACCUACUACCAAUGGGUACCCUUGAUACUUUUAUUCAUGGCAUUUAUGUUCAAAUUUCCAAACAUCUUAUGGAGGCUGUUCAACGGAGGCUCGGGCAUCAAUCUAGAUAAAAUUGUGGACAUGGCAGAGAAGACUCAGCUGGGCUCACCCGAUGACAGAGACAAGACCAUUGACCACAUCUCAAAGUACAUGGACAGGUGGCUAGAGACCCACAGAGAGUACCAUUGGAACCGCCUGGUGCGGGCCAAGCAGAUGAUGGCAAAGAUUUGCUGUUUCUUCUGCAACAAGCGUGCUGGCACCUACCUGACAGCCUUCUACCUGUUUGUCAAAGUGGUCUAUGCAGCCAAUGUCAUCUCCCAAUUUUUUAUCCUCAACGCUUUUCUGUCUCAGGACUACAAUCUUUAUGGCUUUGAGGUGAUGGAGAUGCUGGGUAACAGCAAUGGUGAAUGGAAAGAGUCCAAAAGGUUUCCUCGCAUCACUCUUUGUGACUUCAAGAUCCGUCAGAUGCAGAACAUCCAGAACUGGACAGUCCAGUGUGUGCUGCCCAUCAAUCUGUUCAAUGAGAAAAUUUUCAUCGUCAUUUGGUUCUGGCUAGUCUUUGUGGCCACUUUGUCUUGCAUCAACCUAGUCAGCUGGCUUUACCGUGUUUUGUUUAAGAGAAACCGUGCAGGUUACAUUAAGAAGUACUUAAAAAUCAACAACGAGCUUCAGACCGGUUUCGACAAGAAGCUAUGUCAGAAGUUUGCCGAUGAAUAUUUACGUGAUGAUGGUGUCUUUGUCAUACGUGUCAUUGCUAAGAACUCGACUGAUCUCGUCGCCACGGACCUCGUAGACAAACUCUGGAAACUCUACAAAGGCAAGAGGAUGAAGAAGAACGAUGAAGAGCCUCCAGCUUUUGACCCAUCCACUUUGCCUGUUAACGAGAAGGAGAAAGAGGCUCUCUAUCCAAAAUAAACAUUUUUGUCGACACUCUGGUAUGCAGGAAGCUGUUCAUGAAAAGUCUGCUUUUGGUGUGACUCUAUGAGUACCAUCACUAACAUCGAGGACUAAAAAGUAAGUUGGUCUUGUCUUGCCUCUAAGAUCAUUUUGUAUAUUUUAGGAUGUUGUAUGAUAAGCUGAUAUGGUUUCGACUUUCCCAAAAAUCUGCACAAUGUAAACAUAUUUUUUUUUUACUUAAUAUAAAGUUUUAACAUAUUGCCACAUUGUAUUUCUUCCAUGUUUUCUAUCGUUCAAACUUUUGUUAAAUGGUACCAUUCCACAAUCAAACAUGUUAAAGUGCCUCUGAUUCCAAUGUUGUCAGUAGUUUCUACUUUAAUGUACUAGUGAGCUGUUGGAUUAAACUAUUCAUAUAUUGCUUCCUUAUUGUCAUGCACAUUUGAAACUUUAUAUAAAUUCUUUAAUUACUGGAAUAAUGUUAAUUGACAUAUUUACAUUUUAUUCACUUUGAACUUUAUGAAUAACCAAGCCACACUUUUCUAUAUAGUUUUUUUUUUAUUAAAAAAUCUUAAGGACAAUGGAGAUAUAGACUUCUUGGAUCCAUUUUAUAAAAUGAUAUUAUUAUUUAGUUAUUUAUUAGAGUGACUACUUUCAUUCGAUGUGGUUACACAUGAAACAGUCUGUAUUGUCCACCAGAUAACUUCAGUUCUUAGUUUAUCUGAGAUGUCACAUAUGUGAAUAUGUAGUUCUUUUUUUUUUAUAGAUUUUCUUUUAGAUAUGUAAAUAUUGUAAACUUUUUUGGUAAUAAUUUAUCAACAUAAAUAGAUUACAAGGUUUGUAUAAAUAUUAGAAGGCCCAGUCCAUAUUAAACAAGCACUAACAUUGCAUGCCGUAAAUAUAAUAGAGAAGGCAAUACGCUGAGGAAAAAAUGUGGAUUAGGGUACAUAUUCUUUUCUUUUUUUCCCAGCAUGCUUUUGUGAACAUAUGUCCACUUUUGAUUUGCUUGGCGUUUAGAUAAAAGUUUUAGUCUUCCGUAUGUAUAGGUGUUGCGAGGGACCUCAUCCUGUUUGUUGCUGUUUGGCCUUUAUUUAUUUGUUAAUAAUGUGUCCUUGAUGCUUAGGUUUUUAAAAUACGACAAUUUUUGUUGGUGUUGAGGUGGUUCUGCUUAUUGUCAAUCUUGAUCAGUUUGGGGCUUACAAUCUCUGAUCUAAACUUUAUCUGAGGAUCAAUAUUAUUAAAAGGGCACAUUAAUAAUAACAUUUUAAAAAGUCAAGGAAUAAUUGGGUUCAAAUUUCUUUCUUUCAUUUAGUUUUACAAACUUCUGGCGAAAUUCACCAUACUUACAGGAAUUUGAACAGCGUUGGUAAAUCUUCUUUUAAACAUGUAUUUUUAAAGAAAUAAACACAAAUUCUGUCUACUUGGGGGUUGUUAAACACACCAUCUUUAUUAGACUCAGGGAAAAAACUGAUGAAUUUCUAUGCUACAGCCUGAAAUGCCAAUAUUAGUUUGAAGUUUCCAGGGUUACAAAGUUAUUGCAAAGCUUAGUCUAGUAGUCUGUACCCAAACGUCUGGAUUAGUAAUUAGCAUCUUAAUUUCUUGAGUCUGAAUAUUGCACCAGACAAGUUUCAGAAACUUUGACCUUAAAGCCCAGUCUGAAAUAGAAUAUUUUUUUAAAGAUUCAUGCUGCAUCUAUUUUAAAAAUGAUAAUAGUUAUCUUGUUCAUCAGUGUCAGCACAAUUCCUAAGGUUGUGACAGCCUUGUAAAUGUAAAUCUUUUUUUUAUUAUCAUAGACUUUGUUGUUCUCAGUCUUCCAGAAAUGUGCAAAUAAUUGCUGCAUCACUCUAUGCAAGCUUACAUUGAUAUUUUUGGCAGCCCUGUAUAGCAUUUUGUCUUGUUAGGAACUCACUAGUUGUCUUGCUAAGAAGUCACUAGUUGUCUUGCUAAGAAGUUACAGCUGUCUUCCUAAGUGGUCACUAGUUGCCUUGCUAAGAUGUCACUAGUUUUCUAUUUCUAGAAAUAGUAAGAAUAGAGGUAUGGAGAAUUUACAUUUUUUGUUUUGUUUUGACUGGACCAAUAUAAAAAGUAAUUCCUCACUUUCAUUCCAAUAGUUUUUCUUACGCAUCAAAAUCAAAUGUACUUUGCCUGGCAAACAUGAUUUCAGAAACGUUGAUUUAUUGCAGGAGAUAAUGGCAUUAGAAAGUUGGGCAUUAUGCUCAUCGAGAGAAAUAAAAGCUGUAUUUUGUAUUAUUUCCAUUAUAAUUUUUUUUUGUGUGUGAAUUUUGAAUUCUUGUAAACAGAUGUUUCAAACAGAUGUCUUUUUUUUUAUCUAAUCAAAUUAAAUUUAUUCUUUUUUUUUUAAGCUUCAUAAAUUUGUUUUUUUUAGAUGUAUUUAUAGCUAAAAUUUUUAAUGCAUGUUAACAACGAAAAACAGCAAAAUUGAUUAAUUUUCAGUUUACGAUUACCAUCAAAAUGCAUUUUUGAGUGUUUUAUCAAAAACUAGUUACUAUUAAAAAAAUCAAAACAAACUUACUUAGUACUUACAAACUGUUGAUAUUUGCAUACUUUAAAUAUUUUUUUAGGUCAGUAUGGCACAUUGUACUUUGAGAUUUGUUUUCAGACUUUUUUUUAUAUUCUGGCAUUUUUUUUAUAUUUUUCCUUGUAAAAAACUAUUCCGGCAUUGAGUUUUAUAUGAAUCUUUAAAAAUUAUAUAUUAGUUUAAUUAAUUACCAUGAAGCUUUCAACUGAAGAGUCUAUGUGUUGUUUUUCCCCUCAACACUGUAUAUUACUUAUUCAAAAGAAAUCUAUCAAAUCUGCUUUUCUAAACUUAUUUAAAGUUGUAUGUAAGAGAAAAAAAGCUGGCAGUACAUUUGUAGCGGACUAAUUUCUAUGUCUGUACAAAAAGAAUGAAUCAAAAACCUGCCACCAGCAAUCUAAUUGAAAAACUGAUCAUUAAAACUUUAUUUGACUUUGACUUUAUUAUCAAUGCAUUUUUGUGUGUGUACAAUUUGUAUUUGCUGUUGUGCUUUUUUUUAAAUGUACUUUCUAUAACUUCUUAAAAGUCAUUGCCUGUGAAAGGAGAUAUUGGAGGACAAAACUAAAUGUUUUUGGAACGGACUGGAGAAAGAAAAAUUAUCUUCCCAAGAAAAUAUUUGUCUGAAGAUCAAAUAAUUGAAGGGAAUUGUUUGACUUUAUUCAGGCUAUUGUUUGACUUUAUGCAGGCAAUUGUUUGGCUUUAUCCAGGCAAUUGUUUGACUUUAUUCAGGUUCUGAGUAUUGGUUGUAGCAUAAGGCUGUACUACAUUUAUUGUGAGUUUGAUUGCUUAUGAAGUAAAAAGAUCAUGGGAAGAUAUAUUUUUUUUUUUAAAUCUGAUUCCCAGGUAUUUUCAGUAGUUAUAUAUAUAGACUCAGAUCAGAAAUGGAUUUAUUUAGAUGUUAGGUAAUGCAAUGUGGCACAUCAAAAUCAGCUCCUCCUUCCAUCGUCAUCCUUUUAUUCCCAACGUUAGUGUUGGAAUCAAUGUCUCAGACAGUCACUCCGUUUUUAUGCCUUUUGUAUUUCACCUUUUUUUGUUUUGUUAACCAUUUAUGUUUAAAUCAUUUGUCAUACCAAGUUUCUUUGUCAACUUCAUAUAGUGAAGUGUUAACAUUUCAUCAUAUUUUAUUUUUGUUUAUUGUACAAGAAUAGACUUUUGUACUUCUAUACAAUACUUUGUUACUAACAUCAGAAAUUUCCAGUCAUUUUUCUUCUGCAUUCCAAAAGAAUCCAAAACAUUUUGACCAAACCUUUUUUUUUAGCUUAAUUUUUUUUUCACAAAGCUUCUUUUUCAACCUUUGUUAUUAAAGUGAGCCAUAAGGUAUACAAAAAAAAUAAAUAAAUUUCCUCUUAACUUUUGAAACAUUUCAAAGCUCAACUUCUUUCCACCAUUCCAUUGUUAAAUUAGUAGUGUCAUAGUUCUGGAUUUGGUUAUUGAAUUGUGGCAUUAUAUAUAAGGCAUGCCAAAUUUUAAUUGUAUCUAUUUAUAGUGCAUUCAGUUAUACAGGUUUAAUAUUUCCCAACUUUUCUUGGGUCAGGACCCCUUUCAAAAAUGUAUGUUACUCACAUUUCCAGAUAUUGUUAUUGCUUUUCUGGUUCAACUGGAUUCCAAAGUUUUAUUCAUUUUAAAAUUUUUUUUAAUGGGCAUUGUCAUUGACAUUUCUUUCAAAUUAACCAACAAUAACAUUAAUAGCUGUGUACUUCAUCCCAAAGCAGUGCCAUUCUAACAGGUAUUUUAAUAUACAAUUUGGUUGUUAUAGGAUUCUGAAAUAGUGUGCAAGCUCUAUCGUGUCACUGACAUAUGUAUACCGUCUGUGAAAUCUAAUGCAUUUAUUAUCUGUUAGUCCUAAUUUAUUAGUGAUGUACCUCAUAUGCCAGUUUGUAAACAUAUAUUUUGAAAAAUAUGGGAAUGCAAGUUAAUCAUGUUUGUAAAAUGAAUCGCUUGGUGAGACUGGUGUAUGCUGUAAAUCAGUAGCCAGGGGUUCUUAACAUUUUAUCUAUCACCACAUCUCUUGUCUUAUUUUUCAAUUUAUAAAUUCUGCAUGUCAUAGCAAGUAAAAAAAGAUGUAUUCAAAGAAUGAAAAAAAAAAAAUUAAAAUGAUUACUAUUAAUAAAUUAAAAAAUUGAACUAUUAAUUUCAGAACUUUGACUUUGGCUUAGGUAAAUUAAUUAAUAAAGAACCCUUGUCAUGAGCUGCUUUUUGAUGGAAAUAUGUCUUCUUUUUUUAUCACAAACUUUAUUGAAUGAUAACAUUUUCCAUUGUUUUAUUUGUAUUUGUUGAUAUGUUUGGGUCCAAUUCCAUUCUUUCUAUUUUGAUGUACAAUAAAGUUUGUCACAGUGAAUUGGUGUAUCUGGCAUUCAAUUAAGUGCCUUAAACAUUUUUGUUUCUUUUCUUUUUGUUUGUUUGUUUAAGUUUUCACAAUUUAAAAAAAAAAUUAUAUUCCUUUUUUGUAUGAAUUCAUUAUUGCAUGAUUGAAUGUGUGGUUUCAAAUGUAUUCUCAAUGAGAUCAUUCUUAAAGUUUUGAUUGGGUAAAGGCUAGAUUUAAGUAACUAAAAAAAAAAUGUGUAUAUUUUGUUACAUCAGGGUCAAGGACAUGCAACCAUCUAUGUAGGCUACUAGCUAUGUUAUGUUUCUAUUUUGGACAUUUUUAUUGUUUAAAACGAAAUAUUGUCAGAAUAUUUUAAAUCAAAACCUGAUUUCAAUAAACAUAUUUCUUAUAAAAGUUUUUAUAGUCCUAA